AUGCCCGGAAUGGCAGCCUCCUUAAACAACUACUUCGUCCCGGGCUACGGCAUCUCGAGGGCCGUCAUCCAGGGCGAGAUCCGCUACCACUGCGGCCCGGAUGCCAUAGUCAGGCCCUUCACGCACCAAGGCCGCGAUGGCUUUCUCGUUACCACUGCCGGCCCGCCUCUGACCAAAGCCCAAAUAGAGGACAUCAAGGAGGCGUCCCGUGAAUACGAGGAGCGCCAGGCAGAGCGCAGCGGCGACGACACCGAGCCCUUCGUGAAUAGGCCCAUCCCCGUCAAGACCGGCGGGCGCCGGAGCUCUUGA